AGUAAGGAUCAUGUCGAUAGAAGACCCAUUUUUCGUUGUGAAGGGGGAGGUGCAGAAGGCCCUCUCUCGUGCCCGGGGCCUGUUUGAUAGAUGGGAGGAACUGUUGCAAGAUGGGACACAGGUGAGUCGUGACGAGCUGGACUGGAGUGCCAAUGAACUGAGGAACUGUCUGAGGGCGAUAGACUGGGACCUGGAGGACCUUAGUGAAACCAUCAGUAUUGUGGAGUCGAACCCUGGGAAGUUCAGACUGGGUGACAAUGAACUUCAGGAGAGGAGAGACUUUGUGGAGCGAACCAGGAAAUCCGUCCAGGAGAUGAAGGAUCAGUUGUCCAGCCCUUCUGCUGUGGCUCAGGCAGAGAAGAAAAACAGAGAGGCUCUGCUGACUUCAUCAGGUCAGGACAGGUCAACAGGACUGGAGGCUCAUCUGGUGUCUGCGAACUCCAGAUACAUCCAGGAGCAACAGGAACAACAACAGCUGAUCAUGCAGGAGCAGGAUGAGCAUCUGGAGUUGGUGACCGGCAGCAUCAGAGUCCUCAAAGACAUGUCGGGACGCAUCGGGGACGAGCUUGACGAGCAGGCUGUCAUGUUGGGGGAUUUUGGAGACGAGAUGGACCAGACGUCGUCUCGUAUGGACUCCGUCCUAAAGAAGCUGGAGAAGGUGUCUCACAUGACCAGCAGUCGGAGACAGUGGUGUGCCAUCGGCGUGCUCGUUGCCAUCAUGAUUGUGGUCCUCAUCCUCUUCUUCGCUCUCUGAUACCAGCGACCUCUGACCUCUGGAGCAUGUUCACCGACUCUUCCCCGUUUGUUUGGACGGACGGAUACAGAAAGGACGUGUCUCCUCCUCCUCCCCUCCCGUCCUUUCCUUUCCUGCCACUGAAGAGAAACUGGUGACCCGCAGAGAGAAGUCAGGACACACUCCUUCUUCUCUUCUGCUUUUAUAAUGAGUCUAGUGUGGGAAAAAAAACUUCAGCAGAGGAGCCAAACACAGAAGAAAUCCCCCAGUGGUAAAAGUAUUUCACAUUGGUGCAUUUCGGUUAUUGUUAUAAAUAAUGGUACUGAGGGGAGGGUCAGGGCGGGAGGCUGCUGCUGUCAGGUUAAAAAACUGAAAUCUGUAAAAAAGUUUAACAAAUUAAGAUAUUUUUCAAGUACGACUGAAUUUUAAAUGUGCACCCAACAGCCGUCCAGUGGUGGUUAAACGUGUUGAUGAAUCAGUGAACAUUAGUUAUGACACUGAGCAGUAGUGUUGAAUCCAACGCCUCACUUGUCAUUCCAAAAAACUACAAAACAGUGACUGCUUAUAUACAAACUAAUAUCCCAAAUUUGAUACGGGUGAUUUAAACAGCAUAUUCUGCUUGGAUAUUCCAAAUUAGACUUAAUUCUGAAGCCUUUUCCAAUUAAGACGUAGGAUGCAUUAAAAAUAUGCAUAUAUGCGACACACAAACCUUUUGCCUGUUUUUGUGCACACCUGUAAAAAUUUUACAGUUAGUUUGAAGAACACCAUUUUGAAAACUUGAACGGUGACAAAGGUUAAACAGGAGGGAAGUUUCUCUGUAGGGUAUAAAACCGGAACAUUUUAAGUAUGUCAACAUAUUCAUUCAUAACUUUGUAAUGAUGCUGAACCUCACACUUAAUUUAUUUCGUAAGUAAGCACUUCUAAAAAGUUGUUAAGGUGCUUUCCAGGAGGAGUGAAAGGAAAGACAAAGUGUCACUUGAACAGCUAUUGUGACUAAGUUUCAGUUGGCUGCUGAAACCUGAUUCUUGGCAGAGUUACCAGAUAGAAAAGUAGUUUUUUGGACACUGAUGAAUAUAAUGCAUUAACUGUAGUCAUUUGUCUUUUAAGCAGACAGGAGCAGCGUGGGAGGGAGGGAGGGAGGAGGUUUUUUCAGUGUUGCCUUAAAUAUAUUUUUAUAUCGUGAAAUGUGCAGUAUGUUUAUGUGCCUACAUGUGAAUCAGGAUGGGAAAUCACCACAGAGUACUAGUCAUCAGUUGAAUCAGGAGAACGGGCGGUUCUAGCCGGCCUAAAUUCUGCAGGUUUUUCCUUCCAGUCCAACAUGACAGCAGCUGAUUUUUGCUGACGAACAUUUUUCAGCAGGGAGGGAAGAGUUAGUCACCUCUGAAAUCAGCUGCUGUGGUGUUUGUGGUCAAAACAAAAACAUGUAGAGCCAUAGUAGGCAUGGCGUGAGGCUGCCCCUCCCUGAUGCUAGAUGGUUUUGCUCCGCUGGACACUUCUGUCAGGUUCCUGGCUCUCUGGCCAGCGGACAGACAACGGAUCAUUUCUCGCCCUGAUUGAGAUGCGUCUCGGCGAGGUGAAGUCAGGUCUGCAGACAGCCGCCUUCGCGCCGCUGCGGGCAGUUCAGCACACGAUUGGCUGAGGCUUUGUUACUCUCACUGGGUGAUGAGAGACAACCUUGGCUCAGAGCGAAUGGCUUCGCCUGUUUUAUUGAAAAGCUUUAGCUAAUGAGAGGAGGAGCAGUUGCUGGGCAGGAUGUCUCCACACACAGCCCAGGUUUAGGCUUGCAGCGCCCUCUGCUGGAGGCUGAGGCUCAUGUUAUCUCUUUGUGUCAUGUCAGGUAACAGCCCACGCAAGGGUGUGUUGCAGUGCUGUAUAAAUAUAAAGUAUAAUGCUUUGAAUUUUUGUGUAAAUGGACAUAAUUCCUGUACAAAGGCUUUAUUCUGAAUCAUUUUUUAAUCCUGUGUGAUCCAGAUUUGUUUUCACAUGUUUUUAUUUUUGCUUUUGACACCUAGUCACAAAAAAUAAUAAUAAUAAUGAUGAACUAAGAGUUAGGUGACAUUUCCCCCCCCCCCCCCCCCCCCCUUUUCUUUUUUUUACCAAAGUAGUCAGAGGUCAGGAGGAUUCGAUGCAGGUGGUUUCAGGGAUGUUUCAUCGAGUCUCCUCACUGCCAGAGCUCUGUUAAUCCCUUAGUCGUCCAUGUGUGCUUUAAUGUGUUUUUACAUAUUCAAGCCCUCGUUCCUUAAAUGCUUCAGCAAGGAAAAUUAGCUGAAUACUUGGAAAAUGGCAGCGAGCAUAAAUUAAGCACUCCAGUCAUGAGUCACUGUAAAACCUCUGCAUGCAGAGCAGAGCUCUGUGCAGGUAAAGACCGAUUUCUAAUGUGCAUUGUAUUUAUUCCAUCAAGUUCAGUUCCGUUUGGACGUGAUGGCAUGAUGCUGUAGCAUCACAUCAGUAUGUGAGAGUAUUAUAGAGAGCUUUUUUUGUAGCUUCUUUCCAGAUCUGAGUCUAAAGAAAGAUUCAUUUGAGCCUUUUGUCCUCAGCAAUAAGUUGAUUAAUGGCCAAAUUUUAAACUUGUUUCAGGCCUGCUUCAAGCGCCACAAGCAACCUGUUAAAAAGCUCAGAUGAAUAAUUUUGUUGCACAUAUUUCAAGCACAUAAUCUUACAUUUAAACGAAAAGAUAUCAACAUUUUUAGGUACAUUUUUAAAAACAUCAUGACUCCUCUUCACCUGCCAUAAUGUUGACUUUCUUCUUAAAAAAAAAAAAGCUUUGAAAUAAUGUUGUCGACAUAAAAAUGAAGUUGUUGGUAUGCAGUAGAUUUUUGGAAACUGACCUCUGACUGCUCUAAAAAUGUUAAUAAAACUAAACUCCUUUUUUUAAAUUCCUUUUUGUUUAUCUUUUUUAACUGAGCAGCCAGCAACCCCGAGGAGACGUUGGCUGUGAAGUUUUUCUUUUGAACAUAACCAAACCUUUUUUUUUUGUUGGAUGACUUGAUUUAUUGUCUCCUGAAGGAGUAAGGAGGAUCUGAAUGUGUGGAAUUUCAUAAUUCAUAUAAUACUGUCCGCCAUUGUGCCCUUUAAUGCCAAACAGUACGUGUGUCUGCAGUUUUACUGCCUCUACUUUAAAAAAAAAAAAAAGGUUACAGCAGCUAAACUUUUCUUCUUGGUUCACUGCUCUGCUAUAUUAGAUUCUUUAAGUCUUCACUUUCACAUACACUACAUGAAGAACAAGCAGCUGCUGUUGCUGCUUUGACAAGUGAAUCAAAUAUGAUUGUUUCUUACUGGCGACCAGAGGUUUCUGAAAUUGCUCAGUGGGGUUUUAAGAUUCAUUAAACAUGUUAAACAUGAAGCAACUCAAUGGUGAUUUCUUAAUCAUGAGUGUUCUUUUGACUGAUUACAUUUCAAGACUUGUUUAAGAGGUUUUAAAACAUUAAUAAAUCUAUGUUUAGACUUGUACAG